AUGCCGGUGCUGCUGUUCGGUAGAAUACAGCAACAACAGUCAGUAAAAAAUGGCCGCAAUAUUCGAUACACGACUCGAUGGCAAAGCAAUGAGAUGUGUUCUGCGAACGCUUACUCGGUCCCAUCUAAUUCACUCACGCAUAAACUGAACCUCAUCAUUUUUUUAAUUAUAAAUGGACUUGCUAUAAUACCACUAAAUAUAUAUGUGCCUGCAUUAAAAUGCGAUGAUCAAGAUUAUUGGUGCAAACGUGCUGAACUACUUAGUACUGAAAAAAGUGAUUCAUUGGGUGGUAAUUUAUCGCUAAAUCCUGAAGAACAUUUGGCGAAUGAAUUGUUAGUAAAUUUGAAAACCAAUGAAAUCGAUGAAGCAUUUGAAGAUCAAACAAAGUUUUAUCCGUCUAAAAAUUUUAUGGAAGUACGGAAUAACAUUGAAAAGUCGAAGGUAUUUAAAAUUAUUAAAAUGAUGCCUAAGGGCGCAGUACUUCAUACGCAUGACUUGGCCCUAGUUUCAGAAGAGUGGAUUUACAAUAACGUAACAUACCGGGAUAAUUUAUAUAUUUAUUUGCGCAACAAUAAAACUAUUGUAAAUGAUAUUAACUUACGUGUUCGUCGAGAAUUAUCGAUGAUUACCGAAAAUCCAGAUAUCGUCUAUUCUGAUAAUAACUAUGCUUGGAUCAAAUUUCUUAGAAUUCAUACGUUGCUCCAAUCACUGCUAACAUAUAGACCUGUUUUUCAAGAUCAUUUUUACCAAGCGCUUCAAGAAUUAUAUGAUGACAAUGUUCUUUAUUUAGAAUUUAGGUCCACAUUGCCUACACUUUACGAGUUAAAUGGAACUCAAUAUAAAAUGAUGGAUGUUUUGAGAAUCUAUAAUGAAGUUGCUGAAAGGUUCAAAAAUGAUCAUCCUGAUUUUAUUGGUGCAAAAGUGAUAUUUUCUCCAAUAAAUAUAAUAAACACGACGUCUUCAUCGAAAAUAUACGAAUACAUCAAUAAUACAAUUGAAAUGAAAAAUAAAUUUGCGGAUUUUUUUGCUGGAUUUGAUUUGGUCGGUCAUGAAAACAGAAGAGAACCCUUAAAAAAGUUUGUAAAACAACUCACUCAAGUAACGCAUCAAAUAAAGUUUUUCUUUCAUGCCGGUGAAACAAAUUGGUAUGGUUUCAACUCUGAUGAAAAUUUGUUGGAUGCUGUUUUAUUAAAUACCACAAGAAUCGGACAUGGUUCUGCGAUAUUAAAGCAUCCGGAAAUUUUAAAAUUAGCAAGAGAAAAAAAUAUUCCUAUCGAAGUAUGUCCGAUAUCAAACCAAGUUCUGAAGUUAGUUACGGACCUACGUAAUCAUCCGGCUGGUAUACUGUUUGCUGAAAAUUAUCCUGUCGUUGUUUCAAAUGAUGAUGUAGGUUUGUGGGGAUCGAAAGGACUUAGUUACGAUUUCUACGAAGCUUUUAUGGGUAUUAUGUCAAGAAAUGCCGAUAUUAAGCCUUUAAAACAACUUGCAAUUAAUUCUAUUAUUUAUAGCGCUAUGAAUACUGAUCAAAAACAAAAAGCGUAUGGCAUCUGGUCGCAAAAAUGGAUUGAAUUUAUUGAUAAAGUUAAUAAUUUGAAGUACUUAUAA